AUGACACCACAAUUGAUAAUGCAGAAGAUAACUCAAGAGACAAAUCACACAACCAAUGCCGAAGACUCCGAUUCUUCGAGCUCAUCUAAAAGGCCUCUAGUAUUAAAGAUCGUAGAAGGAACACAUUUAUGCGACAAAUGAUGGGAAUGUAAAGGAUGGUCCGAGUUUUGUUGUAACCAUACAAUCUUCGACUUUUUUGAGACAUAUCGGUUCGAGAAUCUAAUCUCCAAACAAAACAGCCCUUCGGCAGUCGCUCACGCUGUCGGUUUUUGGGAUUACCGAUCAUUCAUCAACGCCGCUGCUGAGUAUCAGCCUCUUGGCUUGGAUACCGCCGGUGAUAAACUUCAAGGAAUGAAGGAAGUCGCUGCCUUUCUUGGUCACGUUGGAAGCAAAACUUCAUGCGGGUACGGUGUUGCGACGGGUGGACCAUUGGCUUGGGGGUUGUGUUACAACAAGGAGAUGAGUCCUGAUCAAUUUUAUUGUGACGACUACUAUAAAUUAACGUAUCCAUGUACCCCUGGAGUUUCGUACUACCACGGUCUACUACUACAGGGCAGAACUAUAAAAUACAGUCUAAUACAAUUUGGUCAAACCGGGGAGGCGUUGAAAGUGGACCUACGGAGUCAUCCAGAGUAUCACGAGUUUAACGACUCAACGUUGGCGUUUCAAGCUGCUAUCUGGCGGUGGAUGACGCCGCCGAGGAAGCAUGUACUGUCGGCGCAUAAUGUGUUCGUCGGAAAAUGGAAAACGAAGAAGAAUAACACGGCGGCAAAUCGGUCUCCUGGCUUUGGAACCACCAUAAACGUCCUGUACGGCGAGCAGAUGUGCAACACGGGGUUUGAUAACGAUGAGAAUAACAUUAUCUCUCACUACUUGUAUCAUUUAGAUCUUAUGGGAGUUGGAAGAGAAGGAGCUGGUCCUCGGAUAUCGUGCGCUGAUCAAGAGCCUUUCUCUUCUUCCUCCUCAUCUUCUCCUCCGAGCACUCGAUCCUCAUCUUGA